GCUUCUCCAAAAACACGAUGCAACCAUGACGACGCGUCGACACGUGUCCUCCAUGACCAAUCUGCAAGCUCAUAGUUUAUCCAAUCAAGGGUUGUUCUUCUGUCCAUUCCUGUUCUCGCCACGUGUCGGCUUCUUACCAUUGGUGUCGUAGAAGUUUGAUGUUCCCACAUGUGAUCAAGGAGUCAUUGUUCCAGAAGCAAACUAGCCUAAUCCACUCAUUUUAUUUUCUUUUUUAGUAUUUGCAUGCCCAUAUAUAUAUGUUUCCUCAGCUUGGUAUCCCAAGAGAGAAUUCCAUGUAUUCGUAUAUCACUGCAAGAAAAGAGAAUUUCUUGAGAUAGAGAUUUCUUGUGGUCUUUUUUUUUUAAUAUAUAUUCCGAUAAUGGCAGAAGCCCAAAGUCAUCAUCAUCGGGAGUUUCAAGAUUCAUGGUUUGAGUAUGAAAAGAAGAACGAUGAUCAUCAUGAUGAGAAAUGCACAUCAUCAACCUCCACUUCGUCCAUAGCGGAAGAAUCAAUGUUUACUAAUGGAUCAUCAUCCAUAUCUUCAUCUGAUGAUACAGCAGAUGAUGCAUCCUCAUCGGCAUCGUCUUCGUUUUCGUCCGGUGGAGCUCUGUAUGAUCUCUCAGAGAUCAUGCAACAAUUGCCCAUCAAAAGAGGGUUGUCAAAAUUCUAUCAAGGGAAAUCAGAGUCUUUUACAUCACUUGCAAGAGUGGGAAGCAUUGAAGAUCUGGCAAAGAAAGUAAUUCCAAACAGAAGGCAUCAUCUCAAGGCUUCAAAGAGCUAUGGGACUGGCUUGAAUAAUAGCUACAAGCCUUAUACUCUCCCUAAGCCCAUUAUAUCCAAGAAAACUACAAGGGGUUCUUCUUUCUCAUCAUUUCUCAGUAAAAGAGGGAGUUUUGUUACCAGCAAGCCCCCUCUCACUGCUCUACACAAGAAUUUGGAAUACUAGAGAGAGAGAGAGAGAUUGUAAAUAACAAGUUUUGUGGUGAGUUUUCUGAUUUUUCUUCCAUUCUAAGGUAAAAAGUACAGAAGUUAAAUACCCUAUGACUUGUAUUUAAGAUGUUUGAAAAGUUCAAAAUUUAGCACUUGAUUUAACUUUUUA